AUGAGCAAAGCAUUGAAACCUUCACGUCUGGAUAUUGAUCCAACUUCCCCAAAAGCUGCAAAAGAAUGGAAACACUGGAAAAGAACAUUCGAUAUCUCCAUUACUGAAUGUGGGCCAGAAGCACAAGAUAAAUUCAGAUCUGUUAUAAACUUUAUAUCUUCAGAUGUUUUUGAAUAUGUUGAGGAGUGUACAACUUACGAUCAAGUGGUAGAAACUUUAACAAAACUUUAUGUAAAAACUCCUAACACUAUUUUUGCUCGUCAUAAGCUGAGUUCAAGAAAACAAAAGCCUGGUGAAUCACUUGAUGAGUAUGUUGAAGAGUUAAAGAAAGUGAGUAAACAUUGUAACUUUGAAGCAGUCACAGCCAAAACGUAUCGAUCUGAAUUGAUAAGAGAUUCUUUUAUUGAUGGCUUAACUUCCAGUUACAUUCGACAACGUCUUCUGGAAAGUACAAAACUGACACUAGACGAAGCACACCAGAAAGCUCGGACUCUAGAUGUUGCCCAGAAAAAUGCUGAAGUUUAUUCCCAGAAUAUUCAACCAACUGUCGCUGCAGCAACCGUUGAAACUGAAUUUGACUCAGAGUCCGUAACGUCAUCAUCUCUUGUUGCAUUGAGAAAAGGAUCCCAGCCUAGACAAACAAUUCGUAAAAAGUCAUGCUACUUCUGCAGUGGUGCCAUGCAUGCAAACCGAUCAUUAUGUCCAGCUCGAGACGGCACUUGUCAUAAUUGCUCCAAAACCGGACAUUUCUCAAGCCUUUGUCAGUUAACUAAAAACAAAGCCAAUGAUUUUAACUUGUCAGCUAUCUACUCUCCAACACUUUGUGCUAUAUCAGCUGCUUACCCAUCCAAUUUUCGUCAUGCUUCAGUACAAGUCACUAUUAAUGAUAAAAAGGUAUCCAUGGCACUAAUCUCAAUGCAGUCUUCAGUGAUUGGAAGCUGUAUGUUAACCCUAUCAUUAAAUUACCAUGUCUACGAGAAUGUCAGAGGAGAUAUACUUCAGUGA